AUGAGUAAAUCGAAGAACAAAAGUGAAAAUAAGACUGAAAAAGCUUUGGCUGCGGAAAAAGAGCAGUUUGGUAAACAGCAGCUCCACAGCAUAAGCAAAACUAUCACCUCGAGCGAAACACCGCUGAAAGAGAAAUAUGUACGCAAUAUCAUCAUGGGGUCACAUAAGGAGGGUGGAGCCACCACCUUUUGGUCCUACAUCCUGAACCUGCCUCUGUCCAGCAACUCCAUUAUCAGCUGGAAGGUCUGCAGCCUGCUGCACAAAGUGCUGAGGGAUGGACACCCCAAUGCUGUCAGAGAUUCCCACAGAUACUGCCGCAAUAUCAAAGACAUGGGCGUUCUCUGGGGAAACUUGCACGAUCGAUAUGGUCACAUUGUUGCACUAUCUGCCAAAUACCUUUGCCUUAAAAUGGAAUUUCACACAAAGCACAAGACAAUCCCAGCUAACCUGGAGGCCAGCGAUGAGACGGUGGAGAGGGAGGCGGGAGUUGACAUGAACAGAGUGUUAGAUAUGACGGAUGAACUCUUAAAUUACAUGGAUGCUGGCUUGAAGAUGGCUGAGACAGUGCUGCGUCAGCUGGAUACCAACGGGGCCAAAUCUACAACUCCAGCUGGGCAGUGCAGAUUGGCACCUUUGAUCCCCCUCAUACUGGACUGCAGCUUUCUCUAUCACUUCUCUGUCAGACUGAUGUUCAAGCUUCACAGCCGGAUCUCACCAGAUGCUCUUCUUGGACACCGGGAGCGGUUCCGUGAUCUAUUUACCAGUCUCACACAGUUCUUUAACAGAGCCAGAGAAACUGAGUUCUUUAAAACCAUCAUCCAGAUACCUGAUCUACCAGAUGCUCCUCCAAACUUCCUCCGGGCUGCUGCUUUGGGUGAAUAUAAGAGGCCGGUGGUAGUUAUACCUAAUGAGGAACAUCAUGAGGAAGAAGAGGUGGAGCCACAGCCAGAGUACAAGGAAAUGCCACAGAUACCACAGUACUACAUGCUCAGUCAAAUGGGAGUACCAGAUGCUGUGAUGGAGCAGAGGGAGACAGAGACUGAGGCUCUGAGGAAGGAGCUGGAGGUGCUCAAACCAGAGCUGCAGCUCAUCAAGAGCGAGGCUCAGAAGUGUGUAGUUGAGUUGAAGUCUCAAGUGAACCGCCUGGAGGCUGAGCUGGAGGAGCAGCGCACCCAUAAACAGAUGGCUUUGGUGGACAAUGAACACCUGCGGAUGGAAGUAGAGGCUUUGCGGUGUGCCAGUGUUGCCAACGCAGGAGCGCAGAUUGGAUUCAAGGAGGCAGACACUAGGGCUCAGGCUGCAGAGCUUCGCUUUUCUCAGCUCAAAGAGAGGCACGCAGAGCUGGUUACCAGUCAUGCUGACCUAAUGAAGAAGAAUGCUGACACAGUGAAGCUGCUGACCGGUACGAAACAAGACCAAGAGAACCUGCUGAGGGCCAAACAGCAGCUGGCUGGCGAGCUGGAAUCUUUGAGACAGGAGAACAAAACCAAGAUUGACCACCAGCAGCAGGAGAUUGACCGGCUAAACAAAGAGUUACUGGAGCAAAGAGCAGAGCUGAGUCACGUUCACAGUGCUCUGGGAAAUAGAGAAAUGGAGGGUUCCCAGCUGAGCAGCACCAUAGCAGGGCUGCAGGCAGAGCGGGACAUGUUGCUGCGCUCCGCCAGGGAGAAAGACGCAGAGCUUUCCUCCCUGAGACAACAAGCACAACACCAGCAGAGCGCCCUGGACAUGGAGAAGGACAGGUACAACCGAGAGCUGGAGGCCCUCAGGGCUCAGCUACAGCAGCAGCUUGCCAUCAAUGCAGAGCAGAAGUUAGAAAUUGACAGACUGAGAAGAGAGCUGGACAAGACGCAGGCGGACCUGGCACGUGCAAAUAGUGCCCUGCAAAGCAAAGACAUGGCUGGAUCCCACCUGAACAGUACGAUAGCGGGGCUGCAGGCAGAGAGGGACGUGCUGCUGCGCUCUGUGAGGGAUCACGAGGCCGAGCUGAACUCCCUCAGACAGCAAGCACAGCUCCAGCAGAGCUCCCUGGACCAGGAGAGACAGAGGAGCAGCAGAGAACUGGGAAGCCUGCAGGCUCAACUGCAGUCUCAGGCUUGUCGUGAAGGUGAGCUGACCCAGAAGCUGCAGGAGGAGCAGUUCUGUCUGCUGCAGUGUGCAGUGGUGGAGGCUGAGGGCAUCAUACUGGAUGCUGUGGCCAAACUGGAUGACCCCAUACAUGUCCGCUGCACCAGCUCACCAGAUUACCUCAUGAACCGUGCUGAGAUCACUCUGGGCUCCAUAGACAAAAUGCAGCAGAGCCAUUUGGCCUAUUUGGGAAACAUGAAUGAUGCCAGUGGUUUGUUGAGAACAGUAACGCAGUUCUCCCACCUCACUGCUGACACUAUUGUCAACGGAGCAGCAACCUCCCACGCUGCUCCCACUGACCAGGCUGAUCGUUUGACUGACAGCUGUCGGGAUUGUGCCACCCACACUCUGCAGUUCCUGAGGGAGCUGAAGCUCCAAGCCACCUUACCAAGAGCGGACCCCUCUGCAAUACGCUACACUGUUCAGCGCAUCCUCACCAUGGGACAGGAGUUGCGUCCAAAAGGGCAGGAUGUGCUAAAGGAGGAGCUGGGAAGCAUGGUGGAUAAAGAGAUGAUUGCUACAUCGACUGCUAUUGAGGAGGCUGUGCUGCGCAUGGAUGAGAUGCUAAAUCAGGCAAGGAAAGACACAUCUGGCAUUAAACUAGAGGUCAACCAGAGUAUCCUUGGAUCCUGUUCGGACCUGAUGAAGGCCAUUCAUAUGCUGGUGACAGCUGCUACUGACUUGCAAAAAGACAUUGUGGAAGGAGGCAGGGGGGCGGCCUCUGUGCAAGAAUUUUAUGCCAAAAACUCAAGAUGGACAGAGGGACUAAUCUCAGCCUCUAAGGCUGUGGGCUGGGGGGCCACAGAGAUGCUUGAGUCAGCUGACCGGGUCGUGACUGACCAGGGUAAAUACGAGGAGCUCAUCGCCUGUUCACAUGAGAUCGCCGCCAGCACUGCCCAGCUAGUCGCUGCCUCCAAGGUGAAGGCUGACCGUAACAACAAGAAGCUGUCCACACUGCAGCAGGCCUCACGACACGUCAACGACAUGGCUGCUGUGGUUGUCACCUCCACCAAACACGGGCAGCAGCAGAUCACUGACCAAGGUGUCAUGGACUUCUCCAGUAUGUCUGUGAUUAAGCUGAAAAAAGAGGAGAUGGAGGCUCAGGUGAGAGUGCUGGAGCUGGAGACCAAGCUGGAGCAGGAGCGUGUCCGUCUGGGGGAGCUGAGGAAGAGGCAUUAUGUGCUUGAUACCUCUGAGUCUCUCGCUGCGGCGGACCAGAACGAUGACGCUGAUAGCUUCCCGCCACCGCCGCCGCCCACUCUGCUGGACUCCCCCGUCGUGCCCCAGUCUUAUUCACAAACACAGCCAAACACAAACACCCAGAGCUUCACACCAUCCAAUCCGUUCUUACAACCUCAAACUCAGAGUUUCUCUCUGCCCCAGUCGUACACACCCACACAGUCCUACUCACCAGCCCAGUCAUACACACCCACACAGUCCUACUCCCAGGCCCAGUCUUACACACCCACACAGUCCUACUCCCAGGCCCAGUCUUACACACCUUCCCAAUCAUACACACCCUCCCAGCACUACCUCCCAACUCAGCCUUUCACAGCAACUCAGCCCUACACAGCAAACCAAUCCCAAAACUACUUAAAACCUCAGUCGUAUUCACAGCUGCCACCUGUGUCACACACACCAAACUUCUCCCAGUCUCAGCCGACCGCUCAGCCUCAGGCAGCCCCUCAGAGCAGCCCAGAGCCCAGCAAACCAGCCUCUACAAGGAAAUCCAACAUCUUUGUCAAAUCUGGAAACCUGCUGAAGAACGCGUUCAAACGAAGUGAUGCGGGAACAGGAGAAUCUUGAAUUCUCACUGGGAGAGAAGAAUCUCAUCUAAUAGCUUCCACUGUGCUGUUGCAAAUAUUAAAAACAUAAAUAUCCAUUUUUAUAAAAAUGUUGAUUCCAGCUACAUUUGAUCUUUUGUUGUGUAAUAGUCAUGGAAUGCAGUAAAGGUUGUUCAUUGUAAUUUUUGUGAUCAUGCUUUCCCAAACUUUAUUCUGUUCCUAAUUAUUGCUGUAAAUCUGAUUUAUUAAAGCACAUUAUGGCACC